AUUGCAAACUGCCAAACUUGACGCUACCCUGUCGGCCUGUCCUUCGCAAAGCCGCCGCCGCGUUCUCCUCUCGUGCGCGCGCACAUCUCGAGAAGGCAGCAGAUGGCUGGCGCGGCGGCGCAGGACGACGCCGAGCAGCUGCUCCACCUGAAGCUCGCGUUCCUCGCCGGGGAGCCUCCCGCCUGCAUCCUCGCACUCGCCAGAAAAGCUGGGGGAGGUUCUAUCACACCACAUGUCCAAAAAUUUCUUUUGGAGAAUUGCACUGAUACUAAUGUAUAUGGACGCCAAAACUCUACUUAUACAACAACUAUUUUUAAGAGGAUUAUAUCUGAGGUUGAAUUAUCAUCGGACAUUGUGAUUGAUGCACUUUAUGAGGAAUUUGCUCAGCGUAUGUUGUCCAAAGCAAAAGAUUCAUUGUUAAAUAAGACGAAUCAUAUCUAUAAAGAGAUAUCAUUUCUUUCUUCUACACAUGAUAAUGUUUCCUCAAGUUUAAUAAGUGUUGUUGCUCGACUAUCAUGUUCUUCUAAUAUGCUUGAAGGUGAUACAGGGUGCUCCCUUUGGCCAUCAAGUUUAUUCUUGUCUGAGUUUAUUCUUUCAUACCCUGAAAUUUUCUCCACAAAGUGUUGCUUCGAGCUAGGUUCUGGUGUCGGUUUGGUGGGUAUUUGUCUUAACUAUGUUGGUGCCUCUAAGGUUAUUCUUACCGAUGGUGACACAUCUACACUUACAAACAUGAAGGAAAAUAUGGAACUGAAUAACGUAUGCAUUAAACUGGAAGAUUUUGAAGAGUUAAAAGAAAGCAAGAAUAAGGUAGAGUGCAAAUAUCUUUCUUGGGAAGAAGCAUCUGAAAGUGAUUUACGGGGCUACCAGCCAGACAUAGUUCUCGGCGCAGAUAUUGUGUACGAUCCAGUCUGUGUGCCACACCUCGUUCGAGUGCUCUCAAUGCUGUUAAGGAGAGACAGCAAACAAGGGGAAGUCAACAGAAAAUCUGGUGAUGAAUUGGAAAUGGAUGGUCCGGUCGCGUAUAUUGCCACGGUUGUUCGAAAUGCGGAGACUUUCAACUGCUUUGCCAAAGCAGCUGCUGACGCCAAGCUGUCUGCUAUUAACAUUGGCAGCAGUACGGCUCCUUCAAAUUUUCUACCCUAUAUGCUAUCAUAUGAUAGAUCAAGUGUGCAGCUUCUUAAAAUUACUUUAUCGUCAUAGAAUUGACAAAUUUGCAUCUUUUUGAAGUAUUGCCAUCUCGACUCUCAUUGUAAGGGCAUCAACCAUGCCAUUACAUUUGUUGUACUUUAUUGUCAUAGAAUUGACAUUUUUUUUCAAGUACUGCCAUCAGUGUUCGUUUCUACUUUA